CGCGCGGACUCGUGGAACGUGGAGAAGUGGCUGAGGGCUGUGCGGGUCAAGGUGACGUCCCGAGGCAGCAAGGGCGCCAUCAAGCUGGAGGACAAGGACAGCGGCGAGCUCUUCGCCGAGUGCCCGCUGCCAAACGACGCACCCGUCAGCACCGCCGUGGAGCCCGUCAUCGAUUCCUCCAGGUACUUCGUCCUGAGAGUCGUGGACGACGCCAGCGGAAGGCACGCGUUCCUCGGGCUCGGUUUCCGCGAGCGCGAUCACGCGUCGGACUUUAAGCUCGCGGUGCAGGAGCACCAGAACGCGCGCUCCCGAGAGCGGGAGGCGCUCAAGCGACGGGAGGAG